GUUCCGAAGCAGCGUGGAAGGCAACCGGAGGCAAAUGAAGAGCCUGGCCCCUGCCCACAUGUGGAGCAUUGUGCUAGUCUUGCCCUCACUGCUGGCUGUGCUUCACACCACCACUGCUGAGAAGAAUGGCAUCGAUAUCUACAGCCUCAUAGUAGAGUCCAGGGUCUCUUCCCGAUUUGCCCAUACUGUUGUUACCAGCCGGGUGGUGAACAGAGCCGAUGCUGUUCAAGAGACUACCUUCAAAGUAGACCUACCCAAGAAAGCCUUCAUCGCCAACUUCUGCAUGAGCAUUGAUGGCACGGCCUAUCCAGGGAUUGUCAAAGAGAAGGCUGAAGCCCAGGAGCAGUACAAUGCAGCCGUGGGCCGAGGAGAGAGUGCUGGCCUGGUCAAGGCCUCAGGGAGACAUACAGAGCAGUUUGAAGUGUCAGUCAAUGUGGCUCCUGGUGCCAAGGUUACCUUCGAGCUGGUAUACCAGGAACUACUCAGAAGGCGACUAGGAAUGUACGAGCUACUCCUCAAAGUGAAGCCUCAGCAGCCGGUCAAGCACCUUCAGAUGGACAUCUACAUCUUUGAGCCUCAGGGUAUCAGCAUCCUAGAGACAGAGAGCUCCUUCAUGACCCCGGAGCUGGCGGAAGCCCUUACUACCUCACAAAACAAGACCAGGGCGCAUAUCCGGUUCAAGCCGACACUUUCCCAGCAGCAAAGGUCUCAAAAUGAGCAGGACACAGCACUGGAUGGGGACUUCAUUGUCCGCUAUGAUGUGGACCGGUCUGUCUCUGGGGGCUCCAUUCAGAUUGUGUCUGGCUACUUUGUGCACCACUUUGCUCCAGAGGACCUUCCUACGAUUCCCAAGAAUGUGGUCUUUGUCAUUGAUACAAGCGGAUCCAUGAUAGGCAGGAAAAUAGAACAGACCCGACAAGCCCUAGUCAAGAUCUUGAAUGACCUCAGCCCUGAAGACCAGUUCAACCUCAUUGUGUUCAGUGAGAAAGCAAUCCAAUGGAAGCUAUCGCUGGUGCGGGCCUCAAAGGACAACUUAGGAAAGGCUGUGGCCUAUGCUUCCAGGAUCCAGGCUCGUGGUGGGACCAACAUCAAUGAUGCGAUGCUGAUGGCUGUGAUGCUUCUGGAUAGCAGCAACCAGGCUGAGCUGCUGCCCUCAAAUAGUGCCUCCCUCAUCAUCCUGCUCACAGACGGUGACCCCACUGUGGGGGAGACCAAUCCCACGAAUAUCCAGAAGAAUGUACAGGAAGCUGUCGACACCAAGUACAGCGUCUUCUGCCUGGGAUUCGGCUUUGAUGUGAACUAUCCUUUCCUGGAGAAGCUAGCACUGGACAAUGGUGGCCUAGCCCGGCGCAUCUAUGAGGACUCGGACUCGGCGCUGCAGCUCCAGGACUUCUACCAUGAAGUAGCCAACCCGCUGCUAUUAAGGGUAGCCUUUGAAUACCCCAGUAACGCUGUGGAGGACGUCACGCGGGACAGCUUCCAACACCACUUUAAGGGCUCAGAGAUGGUGGUGGCUGGGAAGCUGAAGGACCAGGGCCCUGAUGUCCUUUCAGCCAAAGUCAAGGGGCAGGCGCAUCGGCAAAACAUCACUUUCCAAAUGGAGGCCAGCGUAGCGCCCAAAGAAGAGGAGUUUCAGAGCCCCGAGUACAUCUUUGACAACUUUAUGGAGAGACUCUGGGCAUUGCUGACCAUACAGCAACAGCUGGAACAGAUGGUUUCAGCGUCAGGUGCUGAAUUAAAGGAUCUUGAGGCCCAAGCCCUGAACAUGUCACUCAGAUACAAUUUUGUCACUCCUCUCACAUACAUGGUGGUCACCAAACCUGAAGGUCAAGAACAACUUCAACUUGCCGGGAAGCCUGUGGAAGUUGGUAAUGGACAAAGUCAUUUCUCUUUAGGAGCUCACAGCCCUCUUUUAAAGUCUUCUUCCAGAGGAUCUGUAUCUCUCACGCGAAAAGUAUCUAGAUUCCAUAAGCAUCCUGGACUCAGAGGUGCAUACGUUACACUUACACCACAAGCUCCUCCUCCUGGACUUCCUGGGCCUCCCGGGCCACCUGGUGAUCUUCACCUUACUCCUGGCCUUUCCAGCGUGCUGCAUACCUGGGGAAGGAUGAUAGACCAGCCGUCCUUAUCGACAAGCGUUCCCGUCCUCCCAAGUCAAGCUGUGUUACCAAGCGUGGAGAAGAAAGAUGAAGAAAGCACCGUGCCAGAGGAACCCACACACCCAGGCCACCCCCGCGCUCCUUCCAUCGUCCUGCCACUUCCUGGAUCCAGUGUGGACCAGCUCUGUGUGGAUAUCACACGUUCUGGGACAUCCAUGAAGCUGCUCAUAGACCCUGGUCAGGGGCUGCAGGUGAUUGGUAAGUAUGAGAACACAGCGUUCUCAUGGAUCGAAGUGACCAUCCAGAAGCCUCACCUGCAGGUUCAUGCAACCCCGGAACGUGUGGUGGUGACCCGGGGCCGAAAAAACUCUGAGUACAAGUGGAGGGGGACACUGUACUCUAUGUUGCCUGGCUUGAAGAUAACCAUGGACAAGAUGGGACUCCUACUGAUCAGUGGCCCAGACAGAGUAACCAUUGGCCUCUUGUCCAUGGAUGACCCUCAGAAGGGAGUGAUGCUCCUGUUGAGUAACACCCAAUACUUCUCCAACUACACCAAAGGGGACCUCGGUCGCUUUUACAAGGAUAUCACCUGGGAUCCACCAGUUGGGGAAGAGGGUACAAAGCGGACACUCAGAGUUGACGAAAUCCACUACACCGCUACCAAAGAGCUCAAGUUGAAAUACCAAGAAGGAUCCCUAGGAGCAGAGAUUUCCUGCUGGACGGUGAAGAUAUAGCACUGUUAGGAUCAGUGCUCCCUGCCAUGAUGUCAUUGUUUGCAGAAGGAUGGCACUCUAUGCCAACCAGGCCACCUGUGAAGCCUAGAGCUUCCACUGUUACAAAUAAAGAAGGAUGGUGUGAA